AUGUCUUCUUCUGCUGCAAACAAAGUCUUACAAAGCCUCACUUCAAACACACUGAAAUGUUUAUCGGAAUUUUCCAAUGUUUCAGAAAUCGAUAAAAUUUUAGAAGAAAACUUCUGGUUCGUGUCUAACUUGACAAAACUUGCAAUGGAAUCAACGCCAUGUUUUGAAGCAACAAUGACGUCGAUAAUGUUGCAUUGCUUAAAAGGAUUGACAAGUUGUAAGCAAGGAAUUAAACUAGCUGAAGAAUGUGACUUGAUAUUUGUGUUGAUUCCAAUUUUACUUGAGGAUUCACAACAUGAAGACAUUAAAAUCAAUGCAUUGAAAUGUUUUCGAAAUUGCUUGUUAAUUGAACUGUUGUUAAUGAACAUUGAAUUUGAACACUUGAAAGCUCAAAUUCGAACCAACACAACUUGA